AUGAAAGAAAAAAAUAAAGUAAGAAACACAAAAAAUGUCACUAGUCAACAAAAUGUUGAAUCUUUGUUUGCAUCAUCAUCGUCAAAAUUUUGUUCGUUUCAACCAAUCAUACCGGAAGAAACUCCUGAGCCUGUUGUUGAAAGCGAAAAUAUAAUUUUGGAAACCAAUUUUUCGGAUGAGGCAAUUAUUUCUCCUGAAGCAAUUGCAAAUGCGCAGUUUUUAAAUGUCAUCGAACAGCCUUUGAUUGGAGAAGAAAGUAAAAACGACAUUAUUAACAAGUUGAAUGACAUUGAGCAAAAAUUUAAUCAGUUUAAAAAUGAUAUAACAGAGAGCGUAAAAGAUAUGUUGGUGAAGGCAGUUGCGGCAAUUAAAUCAGAUUUUGAUGCCAAAUUAUUGUCAGCAAUGCAGAAUUUUAAAAACAAUCAUCAGGAUGAUGACAAUAUUCAAUUUGAAUUUCAUGCCGUUUAAACCUCACAGGAGUUAAGUCAAUUAGAGGAAAAUCUCAAAGAUCCAAAUUAUGAAAAGAAAG